GAACGUGCCUAAUUGCAGCAAAAGAUUUGGUCGGAUUCCGACAAAGUUGAAACUUUUCAAUCAGACGAGGAAAGCUCCUCUGACGGAGAAAACGUGGGCCUUAUUAUUCAACCAGUGCAGAGGGAUAAUCCUCAAAAAACCGUAACUUUGCAUAAAACCCAAAACCUUCAUCGGUCCCGUCGACGGCAUUCCGACGGAGCUCCGCUGCCCAUCCCAUCUCCGGUUUACUCCUUCGGAUUGAAUGAAUGUUACCCGUAAACCCCAGCUCCUCCACUUUCCCCCUCCCUAAACCCUCGCCCCUCGGGCUCUUCCAUCUCCCCGUCCGGACCUCCUUCUGCUGCCGCGCCGCCGGCGACGUCCCAGCUGGCCCCGCAUUCCCCCGGUGGCUCCAGUUCCCCAUAUCGUCCUCCUCCUCCGCAGCCGCCGACGUCCCCGGGAGGGUCGCGCAGGACUUUGAAACCGGAGAUGCUGUGCCUGCUCCGAAGCGUGGCGCUGGAAACGGCAGCGUCAGGGCGAGAGCCAAGGAGGGGAAGUGGUCGCGCGACCGGGAGAGCUACUUGACCGACGACGCCGAUCCUCUCCCUCUACCGAUGACGUAUCCUGACACCUCGCCGGUAACUCCUGAGGAGAUCGAUAAGCGCCUUCGUUGUGAUCCCCAAGUUGAGGAUUGCAAAGAAGUGGUUUAUGAAUGGACUGGGAAGUGUCGGAGUUGCCAAGGUUCGGGAUUUGUUAGCUAUUACAACAAAAGGGGGAAAGAAAUCAUCUGCAAGUGUGUACCUUGCCUUGGAAUCGGGUAUGUGCAGAAGAUAACCGCUCGGAAGGACAUCGAGUUGAUGGAAGAUUUGGAUAACGGAAGGCCCCCGUGAACUGGUAUGUGCAGAAGAUAACCGCUCGGAUGGACAUCGAGGUGAUGGAAGAUUUGGAUAACAGAAGUCCCCCGUGAACUGGUCUCCUCCUUUUGAUCCCGUCUCGCUGGAAUUCAGUUUUUUAUUCUUACUUUCAGUGAGUUGUAAUUUUCACGCAACCUGUGCCAUACUUUAGUUGUACACUUGGCCUCUUUUCGGCGAUGCUUAUCGAUAUGUUUAACUUAAUAUAGAGAAUUCAGAGGGCUAUCUGUCCUAAACGAGAAAGAAUGCAUUUUUUGCAAUGGAAUAAAUUCUUUCUUUGCAUUGAUGCUUUCA